AUGGAUUGGCGUAACGAGCUCACAAACAACGAGCGUUUCAGAUACGUUGGUGUCUUGGUCCAAGCUUUGAAAGAACUAGCUUUAACUGCUAAUAAUAAUAAUCCAAAUGCUUUUGAUUUAAAUAAAUUGAAAACAAGUGCUGAAGAAUUUGAAAAAUAUUGUUAUACAAAUGCAAGUAAUAGAAUUAGUUAUGUUCAUUUCUUCAAGCAAAAAAUUCUAAGUAUUAAAAAUUCAAUUCAACAACAAAAUUUACAAAAACAAAAUCAACAAAAUCCACAAAAUCAAAUACCCAUUCAACAAGGUCAACAACAAGGUGGUCAGCAACCACAACAACAAGGUCAAGGUGGCCAAGGUCAAGGUCAAGGUCAACAAGUCACUCCUCAAUUGACAGCCGCUAGCAUCAACACAAACAAUAAUUCUCAAAAUCAAGUGUUUUUAGCUCAACAAGCUCAAGCAAGAUUAGCUGCUCAACAAUUAAGAAAUCAACAACCUCAACAAUCAACACCUCAAACUCAAAAUAAUGAAUUGAAUACUAAUAUGAAUUUCCAAAUUCAACAACAACAACAACAACCUCAAGGUCAACAACAACAACCUCAAAGACCAAAUCAACAGGGCGCUAGUCAACAAGGUCAAAAUAAAGGUCAAAGUCAAGGUCCAUCUGUUAAUAUGAAGUCUAUACCAAUCCCAUUAGCUUUAUUACAAAGAAUUCCAAAUUUACCACCAGGUGUUAAUACAUGGCAACAAAUUUUUGAAUUGGUUGCUUCAAGACAAUUAGAAUCUGAAUAUAUUGGUAUUAUAAGACAAGUUUAUACAAUUCAUACUCAAUUGAUUCAAAAACAACAUCAACAGUUUCAAAAAUCUUUGAAUAGUCAUGAUAGUAAAAUGGGUUUAAAUGCUCAAUUAUCAAGACAACAACAAGAAUUGAGAAAUAGACAAUUACAACAACAACAGCAGCAACAACAACAGCAGCAACAACAGCAGCAGCAACAACAAUCUCAACCUCAACAACCUCAACAACAAGUACCACCACCACCACCUCAACAACAAGUACCACCUUCACAACCUCAAGCACCACAACAAACACCUGGUUUUGUAAAUCCAAAUGCUUCACAAAUUCCUCAAUUAACUCCAGAAUUAUUACAAAGAUUAACUGAAAAUGCUUUAAGACUGUUGACUAAAUUACAACAAGAAAAACAAAUUCCUGAUAAUUUAACAAAUGAACAAAGAAAUAUGUUUAUCAAAAGAUAUAUUUCUCGUCAACAACAACUGAGAAUGGAAGCAUUUACUAAGCAACAACAACAAAAAGGUGCUGAUACAAAUGAUGGUGUUCCAACAAUUAUUAAUCCUCAAGCUCAAUCUCAACAACAGCAGCAGCAGCAGCAAGUUGUUAAUCCAACUGGAUCAACUCAACAACAAGCACCUAUAAAUCAAGCUCAAGUUCAAGCAAGAUUACAACAAAAUGCUCAAAAUUUAUCAAAUGAUCAACAACAACAACCACCACAACAAAGAUGGAAUAAUCCAAAUCAACCUAAUUCUACAACUCCUGCUAAUACCAAUAAUAAUAUGAGAUUGAAUAAUUUACCAACUGGAUUAACUCCAGAACAACAACAACAAUUAAAUGCUAAAAGACAACAACAAGCUUUACUUCAUCAAAAAUUACAAGCUCAACAACAGCAAAAGGUUCAACAGCAGCAACAACAAUCUCAGCAACAGCAGCAGCAGCAGCAACAACAACAACAACAACAACAACAACAACAACAACAACAACAACAACAACAACAACAACAACAACAACAACAACAACAACAACAACAACAACAACAACAACAACAACAAGUUCCAAGACCUGGUGGUGGGGUUCAAAGUGGUCCUGGUGGUCCUCAAGGUGGUGUUCAAGGUCCUGGGGUUCAAGGUGGUCCUCAAAAUCCAUUAUUAAAAAAUAAUAUUCUGAUUCCAACUGAACAAGAUCGAAUUGAAUUAAGAAUGAUUUUAAAUGAAGUUGCAAAAGUUCCAAUUAGAUUAACAAAUUUAACAAAUCAAUUAACAAAUGAACAAAAAUCAAUUGUUAGUUCUAAAAUUCAUAAUUUAUUAUUACCAUUAUUUAAUCUUAUUGAACAAUUAGUUCCAACUUUUUAUACUUUAACUAAAAAUGUUGAUGGUACUAAAAAAUUACUACAUAUGAGAUUUAUGGUUAAAGAAGUUUUAGAUGGUUUAAGAAGAGAUGAAUAUUUUGCUUCACCUGAAUUAUUAGAAAAAGUUAAAGCUCAAUCACAAAAAUAUGUUUCAUUUGUUAAAGAACAAAUUAGUCGUAAAAAUAUUGCAACUGGUGGAGCAACUGGUACUACUACAGGUAAUGAAGGUGGUGCUACAAAUUCACAAAUUAGUGGGAAUAAUACAACUUCAAGUAAUUUCAAUAAUAAUAAUGCUGCUUUUAAUAAUAAUCAAGUUGGUAAUAUUAAUCCACAAAUUACACCACAACAAUUAUUACAACAAAGAAAACAACAGCAACAACAACCUGCUCCAUUAAAUCCACAAAUUACUCCUCAACAAUUGUUACAACAGCAACAACAGCAGCAACAACAAGCUCAACAACAACAAUUGAAUCAAUUUCAACAACCUCAACCUCAACCAUCUCAAUUCAUUAAUAAUUUAAAUAAUGGUUCAAAUGAUUUUAAUCCAAUGGAAUUAACAAAUUUACCAAAUAAUAAUAAUGGUAAUUUCCAAAAUUUAGAUAUGAAUCGUAUCAAUACACCAGAUUUAACUCAAAUGAAUGUUACACCAAAAGUUGCACAAUUAAAUGUUAAUCAAAAUGUUCAAAAUCCUUCAAAAUUUGUUGCUCCAUCACCUGCUUUACCAACAGGAAAUUUUGUUAAUACACCAAAUUUUUCAAAUUCUCCACAGUUAAUUAAUUCACAAAUUUAUCCACAACAACAACAACAACAAGUUGGUCAACCUCAACCAUUUGUUCCACAAUCUUCUGUUCCACCUGCUCCAAUUUCUGCAAAUCCACCUCAACAAUCAAUGUUGAAUGUUUCAAAUUCAAAUGCUCCAACUCCACAAGCUACAGGAACUUCAACUGGGGCUACAAAGAAACAACCAGCAAAGAGAAAAUCUGUUAAAGGUAGAAAACAAUCUGCUGCUUCAACUCCAUCAAAUGCACCAAAGAAUGCACCAACUCCAGGUGGAUCAAGUUUUAAAUCUAAUGAUGUUCAAACUCCAAGUGGUAAUGUUAAUAGUCCAUUGGGUACUAUAGCACCAUCAGAAAUUCAAAAACAAUUGAUUAAAAAAGAACAAGAAAUUGUUACAAAGGAAGAACAAUCUAAAAAACAAUUUGAAGAUGGACAAUCUAAAAGAUUAGAAUUAUAUCAUUCAAAACCUUUAGAUUUUUUUAAAGCUUCAUUAGCUAAUUUAUUGGAAUUAAAAGAUGAAGAAUCAAAAAUUUUAUCAGAUUCUAAGAAAAAAACUAGUGGUGAUUUGAAAAAUUCUCCUGGUCAAAAAGGUUUAACACCUUCUGCAAUUUUACAAACUCCAUUAACUUUUUCAAAUUCUGCUAAAACUCCAAAUUCAACUUCAAAACCAAUUUCAAAUCCAAAUCAAGGAGGUCAAAUUCAAGGAAAUUCAACUUAUCUUUCACCAAAUCUUUCACCUUCAUCAAGUUUAAAAAAUUCAAAUAAUAUAUCAGAUGGAUCAAAUUGGAAUAUAAAAGUUUCUAAAGAAGCUAUCAAGUCAACUUUUGCCAAUGUUGAAGAAAUUAAAAAAUUAAUGUUUGAUGAUGAAGAUUCAAAAGAUAUCAUACCAACUCCACCACCUGAAGAUAAAGAAAAAGAAGAAGCAAAGAAAAGACCUAAUGAAGAAUUACAAGAUGAUAGAAAAUUUAAAAAAAUUAAAAUUAAUGAUGAUAAUAAAUUUUUCGAUGAAAAUGAUGUGGAAUUAAAUAAUGAUUUAAUGUGGGAUUUUGAUUAUGUUUCAAGUCAUUUAGAUAAUUCUGAUGAAAUUCAAUCUGAAUUUUUUUGA